AAACCAAGAGAUGAGGCUUAAUGAGCUGUAAAAGUAAACGAAAGUGAUUCAAAUUAGCACCACCGUGUCAGCAACCACACGGAUGUAUUUCAAUGACACGCUCAAAAAAUGUGGGUAAUGUAGUUUUUAGCGUUACACAGGCACACAGCCCGGAAGCCGGAAGUUUGCGCAACCGCAGUGGCGCGUCGUUCAGAAACAGGAGUGUGUUAUCAGGACGAGUUUCACUGGAACAUGUUGGGGCAAGUACCGUCACUAAAAUUUAGUCAAAAAGCUUAACUAUACUGUAAAAACAUUCAAACUUCUCUAGGUACACACAGUUACUAGCUAUUAAGUUACAGUUCGUUUAAGUUUGUUGUGAAAAAGUCGCCAAAAUGUUAGUUCUUAAACGCGUGGUGUCCGUUGGAGGCAUCAUUGUCCCUCAAUGCACCUCCCUCUCUGUCAGCUGUUUUUCUGCUUGUCAUUGUUUAAACUCCCCAAAGAGACACAGCCCGUACAGCUCAGUGGACAGUGGGCUCUACUCUUCUCUAGUGAAGUCUGUCAUGUCAGUUCGGGUCAGUUCUCAAACUCCUGAGACCCUCCAAGCGGAGGACGAGCACAUUUAUGGACCUGUUGUCAAAGGUCAGACUGCCUCCCCAGGACCAAAGAUGAGAGAACCUAAAACCCUUCACCCCUUUUUAAACUGCGAAGAGACACCGGAUUUAGAAGAGCCAGAAUCAGGACAGCCAGUCCGGAUUGCAUUAAACCGGGGCCAAGGCAGGUCUUCAGUGCCGAGUGUGACCCGCAUCCUUCAGCAGACGCUGUCCCCGGAUCAGAUCUUCUACCUGGAGAGAUGGAAGAAGAGGAUGAUCGCAGAGCUGGGAGAGGAAGGUUUCAAGCAAUACAGUCAGAAUUUAUUUAGGCAAGGGAAGCUUUUCCAUUCAGCUGUUGAGGAGGUUCUGACGUCAGGUACAACACGGAACAGGAGCCUUUCAGAGACACCAGAGUAUCCACCUGAUGUACAAGGGUACAUGGACAGCAUCUCUCACAUACUGGAAGAUGUGGGUGCAGUGAGAGCUAUUGAAAGCACUGUGCAACACGACACACUGAACUAUUUGGGUGUUGCGGAUUGUGUCGCUCGCUACAGGGGUGUACUGUGUGUUAUUGACUGGAAGACUUCAGAGAAGCCCAAACCAUUCCUGAGAAACACCUAUGACAACCCUAUUCAGGUGGCAGCCUAUGCCGGGGCUUUGAACAGUGAUGCCAACUACAAAUACCAGGUUGAAAAUGGACUCAUAGUAGUAGCCUACAAGGAUGGUUCACCUGCCCAUGCUCACAAGUUGAGCUCAGAGCUGAUGUUGGAGUACUGGAAAACAUGGUUGGUUCGUCUGGAGGAGUUCACAGAACAGAGAUCCAGUCAUGCCUCAAGUGCCCUCUCAGAAAAGAGAUGAGAUGGAUGAUCUGUUGGGGCAUGUCCAUGAAGCAGGUUAUUUCAGUUCCAUCUACUGAACUUGACCUAAAAUACAACAUCCUCCUAAGCUUUCUCACAC